AUGUCGGGCAUCGACUCGCCCGCGGGCUCACCGGCUCCCGCCCAGAGCCUUCAUGAAGAGGAAACCAACGACAGGCCUCGAGAGCUGGGCGAUUAUGACGUGGCUGAUGCGGCCGACUCAGACAAAGACUCGGACGCCCUCUCGGAAAUCGACGAAGACCAGUUCGAUGACUACGAUCCGUCCGCCGCCCGUAUCGAGGAGAAGCCAGUCGAAAUAGACGAGGAUGUUGCGCGAACACUGAAGGCUUCCAAGAGGAAGGGCACUGCCACCAAGAAGCCAAAGGAGGGACGCCGGGAGAAGAAACGAGCUCGGGACCGCGACGACAAUGACGGAGCCGAUGGGGAGAUUUUGACUACAAAGCGAGUUCGUAAGACGGCCGGAGAAAGAGAAACUCGGAAAGCUUCACCUGCGCCCGAGAUCGAGGAGAACCUGACACCCGAGGAGAGACGGCGGAGGGCCAUCGAGCGAGCUGCCAAGAAGGAGAUCAAGCCAAAAACCACGAGGCGGAAGAAGAAGGACGAAGAGGACCUCGAAGAUGAGCUGGACGAGCAAAUCGCUGACCUCAAGGUUCGCAUGGAAAAUGCUUGCAAAGCCGACAUCGAAGCCCGCAAGGAAGGCCAACCCGCUCUCCAAAAACUAAAGCUACUCCCAGAAGUCAUGUCCUUGCUCAACCGGAAUAACAACCAAGCCGCCGUUGUCGACCCCGACACCAACUUCCUUCAGCACGUCACGUACUUCCUCGAGCCUCUGGAUGAUGGCUCGCUCCCUGCGUACAGCAUCCAGCGCGACAUCUUCCAAGCCCUGAUUCGACUACCUAUCGAAAAGGAGGCACUGAAAUCCAGCGGCAUUGGCAAGAUCGUCCUGUUCUACACCAAGAGCAAGAGACCCGAGAUCGGCAUCAAGCGCAUGGCGGAGCGUCUACUGGGUGAAUGGAGUAGACCUAUCUUGAACCGUACUGAUGACUACAAGAAGCGCCGAGUCGAGACACGCAAUUACGAUGCACAAGCCGUAAGCGCGCGCCUGAAGAGCGGAUCCAGCCAGGUCACUCUCACUCAGCGCCCGGCCGCAGAAGUCAUACGGGACGCAGAGCGCCAGCGUAUACUCGCGCCCCAGAACGCUAGCAACCGUGCUCGGGUCGUUGGUCUACCCCAGGCCUACACCAUUGCGCCGGUAAGCUCGUUCGAUGCCUCCAGAGGUCCUGAACAUCGGCCCAUCGGCGCCAGCGGCCACGAGGCGUUCCGCAAGAUGACCCAGAGAGGGAAGAAGAAGGGUUGA